CUUUGUUUAUGUUGUAAUGUACAUAUAUUUUUUGGUGAAGGUAUUAUAAUAGGCGCUCUUCGUGCUGAUUGGGCGCUCAGGUUGGUGAGUGAACGCCCUGCAGAUUAUGUCAGAUUGCGUGCAGAAACCAAACCAGCCCAGCCUUUGAACUUCACCGCUUUUGGCUCGUAUUCACGCUCUUCCGCUCAUUUCCAAGCCAGGUGCUUGACGACAAACCUCAGAGAGAGACAGGAAGAGUGUGUCGCAGAAAAAAAUCACACUUUUACGACUCCUGCAAACUGACUGCGGAACAUUGCUUUCACCUUUGAGGAUUUUUUUACGUGUGUGCAUCUUGCAUGUGUUUUCUUCCUGUAUUGCCCGCCUCAGGUCUGAAAGAGAGUUGUUACUGGACUUGAACGAGCGCGCAUCAGUGUUUUAACUCGGGAGAAAGAGAAUCACCGGCUGGAUUUUUAUUUUAUUCUAUUUAAUUUUUGCUCUUUUCACGACUCAGAACAUCCCAGACGUGGCAUGACUGGUAUCUGGCUUCUGGACAGGUGAAUAGUUUCCCUUUCUUCCGAUAAGAACUUUUCCUCGUCAUUAACAUUGGGGAUAAAAGCGCACUUUUUUUAAAGAUGUCAAAGCCUGCUGAUCAUAUCAAGAGACCCAUGAACGCGUUCAUGGUCUGGUCCCGGGGCCAGAGGAGGAAAAUGGCACAGGAGAAUCCCAAAAUGCACAACUCUGAGAUCAGCAAAAGACUGGGCGCCGAGUGGAAGCUGCUCUCCGAGUCCGAGAAGAGACCUUACAUCGACGAGGCCAAGAGGCUGCGCGCACAGCACAUGAAGGAGCACCCCGACUACAAGUACAGACCCCGGCGUAAACCCAAGAACCUGCUCAAGAAGGACAGGUACGUUUUUCCUCUGCCUUACCUCGGGGACAGCGACCACAUGAAGGGACUCUCUAUGUCGGCCGCGGACUCCCUUUUGAGCCACUCGGAGAAAGCGCGAGCGUUUCUGCCGCCGACGUCCACCCCGUACUCCUUCCUCGACCCGAGCCAGUUCAGCUCCAGCGCCAUCCAGAAGAUGACGGAGAUGCCCCACACGUUGAGCACCAGCACUUUGCCGUACGCGUCCUCCUUGGGAUACCAGAACGGCGCGUUCGGCACCCUUGGGUGUCCCAGUCAGCACACCCACACCCACCCGUCGCCCACAAACCCGGGCUAUGUGGUCCCGUGUAACUGCUCAGCCUGGUCAACGUCCAGUUUACAGCCCCCGGUGGCCUACAUACUUUUUCCAGGUAUGACCAAGACUGGGAUAGACCCAUACUCAUCCGCACACGCCACUGCCAUGUAACCCUCAAGACUCUUUCUGUUUUCUAAUUCACUUGAAUACUGAAAUGCAUGUAAAUAUAACACGGACAGCGCGCCCGGUUUAAAAGGCAUGAACAGUAUUAACUGCCUUGGACUUGUUAUGGCAAAAAAAGAGAGAGAAAAAAAAGAAACUUUUGCAGAAAUCCAACAAGUUCCUGAGCUGAGCAGAAGGAGCUGGAUUUGGUGUAAAGGACGGUGCCCUGAACUGUAAGAAAUGUAAAUGUUAUAACGUUUAUGGCAGCCAGAAAAGGAGGCCUUUAACUUUAUUUAUUGUGUACAUUUCAAUGCUUAUAUUCUGAUUUGUGUUGAUUAUUGAUAGGGUACUUUCUUAUUUCAAAAUUUGGCUUGCACAAUUACCAUUCUUACUCCUGUAUAGGCCUAUAGUCUACAUUUUGGCACUCGUCAUUUUAUUCUGAUGUUCUGGAAUAUAGGGUCAAAAUCAGGACCUUUAGGCUGGAUUAUAUACGGGUCAUAUUGUUUAUAUCUAUCAAACAGUGGCACAUAAAACAAGACGGUCUAUUUAAGAGGACGAAAAGAAAAAAAGAUCUUUUACAUCCAAAUGUUUAAUUUUGCAUUUUUCCUGUGGUUCAGUGCUAAUAUAGUCCCACGCGUCUUUUCAUUUAGUUUUCUGUUUUUUAAGGAUAACUUCUAUUUGAAUUCCAGGAGUUAAUAUGUGUAUUAUCAUCCAAGAUGGUAAUUUUAAAAACCUGUCAUGUUAUGGAAAGGAUUAUGUAUUUAGAAGGUUGAUACCUCCUGCUCUUUGUUCAAUUGCUGAGCAAAAGCAUUUCGAAUAAAGACAAUCUGUCUUCAACACUAUCAAUGUCCCUGUAUAUUUGUAGGUUAUUGGUGCUUCAGAUGACGUAGAUAGUGGAGUGUUGUGCACGUGCUGCGGGGAAGUUACACCUGGCUGAAUAAACUUGCAAAUUUAAUCGAUUUAAAAAAAGUUAAAAUUAAUUAAAUAGGUAAAAAUCAUAUAUUUUAAAUUACGUUUGAAUUGUCCGUUUUUUAUUUCUCAUUUAAAAAAAAAUAUUUUUAUUUUUAAAUUAAAAAUGUUUGUCCCCACCUCACCCCAGCCUAAUCAACACAGUUGAUAGUCUACUGACUGAACAUUAACUAACUCUCCUCACAUUAGAACAAUAAUCCUUUGUCUCCUAAUCGAUCCUUUUCAGGCUGUCAAACUCCUCCACUCUGAUCAUUUCUCUAACAAGGCUCAAUUACCUCCGCAUUUGGCUGCUGUUUUCUCUCUCUAAUAGUUCCAAACAGGUUUGAGACAUGUUCAGCGGUGCAGUGCAGCACGGUGAAGGUGUUUUUUUGUGGCUGUGGGAUGAACCGGUUGUGAUCUUUUGAUGUUUGACAGUUCAGGAGAGGAGAGGCCUCCCUGGAGGGAUUCCGCCCGUCCGACUUGUCUGACUGCUUAAUCACUUCAAGGAGGGAGCCUUCCUCUUAAUUAUAGGUUUAACUAAUGGAACAACUUGAAUGUGAGCUGAUUUUUUUCUCUCUCUCUCUUAACUCACUGGCUGGUUGAAAAGCAGCACACCACAGGCUACAGUGCGGUUUUAAAUGUCUCUGCGUGUGUGUGUUUACUUUAUGAAAAAAAAAGGAGCUGCAGCCAAAACCCCGCUGAAAGCCUUUUAUCACCAAGUAAUUCACACGUGUUUAAACGUGUGUAAACUUGUGAAUGACAGGCCAAACUCUCAUUAAGAUACUACUGAAUAUAAAUAACACACAAAGCCAUUUAUUAAACAAACAUUUACAGAUUUCAGUGUGAAUGUCUGCGCAGUUUUCCCUCCUCUCUGUUAAUAGAGAUCAGGAUUGACGCAGCGCGGUGCAGCCUACAUUUACCCUCAUCUGCACGACUGUAGUAUUAAUUAAAAAUUUAAUUCCACAUCCAAAUUGUUUACUUAUCUGCCAGGAACAUAUGCUGAGAGAAGUUAAGAUUCACGAUUCUGCACUAUUGCCCAAGGUGCAAUUUCAAUCCUGGGGAGGAAAGAUGGGAAGGGAGGGAGGGAAGGGAAGGAGGGGAGGAGGACGGGGCUGAUUUUUAUGACAGACUUAGUCCUUAUCAGGAGCUGUAAAUUAGGGUGAUACUUCAUUGAACCGAAUGUGAAGUUUUACAUCAAACCCCUAAAGCGUCCUAAUUCAACUUUGAAAUGAGACAAUUAUAAUUACUUUCAGGAGGAACAGCAGACGAGGACAUUAUUUUUUUUUUUGCACGAGGAGAAUGAAGCUAACCGUCUUUU